CCGGAAGUUUUGGUAGAAGAGCUUCAGAUGGUGGAGCAAAUCUUCAUAUAUUUCAUCAACAACACAGUAGUAACUCUAGCAAUGAUGAAGAGAGUGGCUGGAGUCAACCUGGUAGCAGGGAACAAUUACAACCAUUACAGAGUGGUAGUUCAGGAUUAGUACAAUGUGCUCAGUCAUUAAAUGUUGCUGUCAAUACUGCGACUGGAGAUGGAAAUAAUAACAACAGUGGUAGUAAUAGUGGAAAUAGCGAUAGAAGAAGAAGGAGUGGCCUUAGUACUGUUAUGCAGCGACCAGUUAUAAAUCCGGAACUGGUAAUGGAGGUAGAAGCUAGGAUGAAUAGAGCUUAUCUACCAUCGCGACUAUUACCACUUAGAGGAUCAACACUUCCACACCACAGGAAAUCUUCAUUAUAUCAUACUAGUACUGGUAAUAGAGAUUUUUGCACUAUUUUAGCAGAAAUAAAUAGGCAUAUUUGGGUAACGGCGGCGGGUAAGGGCGAGUUGGAAUUGGAGCUGUCGAUGAUGGACGUGGUGCAGACGCACGUUAUUCCGUCCGUGGAAGCGAUCGAUCCCGACGUGCUACAGGCGAUCGCAAGUCUUG